GUUCAAAAUAAUUAUUACUUAAAACGUUGAACAGACGUAUACCAUAAGACAACGUCUGGUUAUACGAAUAAUCACGUAAUACAUUUUUCAACUUUUUGCUACUCCGAUUACAGGCGAAAUAAUGGACGUACGUACUUUGACCAUAGACCCUUUUUGAAUUCUCGUACAUAAAAAGACCAGAAUCUCGAGUUUUGUAAUGAUAAAACGAAAACACAAAAUCAAAAAUAUACGUAACUACGUAAUUUUUUAAGUACAAAAAACACAUGAAAAAUCAUAACUCCCAAACCAAAAGUCAGAUAACCUCGAUCUUGGUACCCAUCGAUACGGCAAAAAGUCCUUUAUAACAUCCGACAACAAAAAACAGCUCGCCAAGGCCAAAAUAUAAGUGUCCAUGCCCCAUGGCGAAAAAGUAUAUUUGAUGAUAUUAAGCUAUUCCUGGAAUUAUUACGAUUGCAACAAUGCCGAUAACAACUACAGUGCGAUGGAAAAUAUAUGCGAAUGUAUUUAUUGUUAUGCGACCGGUUGUUACUUGUUCUAUACACCCGUAUGGGUUGCUCGUAAAAAUAGAACAAAUAUAUAAAAUUCUCACAAAUUAUAAUCAAUGUACAAUCCGUCGGGUUUCAUUAAUACGCAUACGCUGUUUAUGCUGUCUGUUGAACACUGCUCUUAACGUACAACAGUAACUUCGUCGUUUUAAUUUGUUUUAAUGCAAUUUUAAAAAAUGGAACACCAACAAUAUCAUUACAAAUCAAACGGUACUAAAAACAAUGUUGAAUAUUAUACUUGCUCCAGUCCAAAUGUCACCUGUAAUGGUACAAUUAAGAGGAAAAUUGAUGGAACAAUUGUUUGCGGUAAAUCACACACCCAUGAACCAUUUCUUCAAACAAUUGAAAAAAAAAAAUUUCGGAAGGUACUUAUUGAUAGAGCAGAAUCCGAGACUCAACGUUUGAAAAUUAUCUAUGAUGAAGAAGCUAUCAGAAAUCCAAAUAUGGCUUACACCUAUCCUUGGACAUCAGCCGAGUCAUCAAUGCGUAAGGCAAGACGUGCACAUGUUCCGGUACUACCUGAAACUCUUAAUGCUUUGGGAGAGAUGUUGGAAGAACAGGAAAACUUGAUUCAAUGCAAGGGUCAUCGAUUUUUUCAGGAGUGUAUAGUAGAUGGCAAUGGGCAAGCUUAUGUUAUGUUUGCCUGUUCAGAGGUCAUCAAUGAUGUAAUUUUAAAUGAAGGUACGGAAUUGCAUGCUGAUGCAACUUUCAAAGUCAUACCAUCUAUGCCCAAAUGCCGGCAGUUGUUUAUAAUGCAUAUCAUUAUUCAAAAUCACUCUGUUCCAAUAUGUUAUAUUAUAAUGGAAAGUAAAACUCAAAAUGCUUAUCUAACGGUAUUAACGAGUUUUAAAAGUAUUUUUCCAAAUGUCAAGCCUUCAGUUAUAAUGACUGACUAUGAAGUUGGAUAAAAUUCAUUUUCAAUUGUAUACCCUGAUGCCAUUUUAGUUUCGUGCUGGUUCCAUUAUGUACAGAGUUUGUGGAAAAAUAUAAAAAGGUUGCAUUAUACAACAUACAUAAGGGACAAUGAACUAGCAAAAAAAUGUUUAAAAAUGGUGAUGGCACUUGCAUUGCUUCCUGCAGAACAAAUUGAGUUGGGCUUUCAAGACGUAAAGACAUAUGCUAGAAUGAAUAAUGUAAACUUGGCAAGGUUUUUCACUUAUUUUUCUAGGCAUUGGAUUAACCGGACAGGGCCAAAUGUUUUUUCAGUAUACGGUCAAGCUAGGCGCACCAACAACAACAUUGAAAGCUUCCAUGGUAAAAUGAAAGAUAAGCUUCAAGUAUGUCAUCCGAAUCUAUGGAAAUUUCUGGAUCAUCUGAGUGGUUAUAGUAAAUUACAACAUAUUAUUAUUGAACAACUAUCAAGAGGGAUGCAAGUUACAAGAUCAGUGAAGACUAAAUAUAUCCUGAACUCUAAACGAAUAAAAAUAGCUUCAGAUCAACUAGAACUGGGAAUUUUGACCAGAAAUGAAUUUUUAGUGAAAUGCUCACAUACGGUUGAUGGUUAUAUUUUAAGAGAGGGUAAUUGGAACAGAAAUGUCAAUGAUGAAUUUUUAUCUUCAGAUGAUGAUGACAUUGCUCCCUUACCAUUGCAACAAAUAAAUGAACCAAACAUCGUUUUAUUUGAAGAACCUGAGGUAUUAGAUAUUGGUCCAGUCGUUGAUGUUCCCAUUGCUGAAGUCUUAGAAGAUGAACAAGAACUUGAGAUUGAAGACGAUUCAAUUGUUGAACAUGUUAAUAUUGUAAACGCUCCAAAUCAGGACAAUAGUGAAGAUGAAAAUGACUUUAUUGUACCAGAAGAUUUAGAAUUACGAAUUUGGGAGAAUAUUUAUGGACCCUUUGAAGAAGCGGAAGAAAUUCCAUUUGUUCAAGUGCCUGAGAACAUAGAGCAAUAUCGUGUAACACCCAACGAAAAUCUCUGUAUUAUAUGUUUUGAGAGUUUGGCAACUCAUGCACCUGUACCUUGUGGCCAUAAGGUCAUGUGUGAAAAUUGUGCAUCUCAACUUGACAGACAGCGUUGUCCUCUGUGUAAUACAGAUUUUCUUUUAAUAAUCAGA